GCGCCGCCCCUUUCAUGACGUCGCCCUCCGCCUUCCCGUCUCUCCCUCCGCUCGCUACUAGCUCAGUUAGCACUAGCAAGUUAGCCUCCAGCAGCUGUCGGUGGCAGUCAGUCAGCCAGUCAGUCCGAGUGGUGGUGCAUUUGUAAUUAUCCUCCUCCUCCUUCCCUCCCAUAGAAAAAAGCCGUGGACGGCCGGGUUGUUUCUUCGGGAGCCAGCUGCCUCACCUCUCCGGGCUACCUGCGGUAAAAUAUUGUCGCCCUCGCCGUCACGACAGGAAGAAGCCCUGGGACAUGGCCAGACAGGAACAAGUCCUGGUGCUAGAGCCACAACACGAACUGAAAUUCAGAGGCCCGUUUACAGAUGUUGUCACUGCCACUCUGAAGCUCACCAACCCCACAGAUAGAAAUGUGUGUUUCAAAGUCAAGACAACUGCGCCUCGCAGAUACUGUGUGCGCCCAAACAGCGGCAUCAUUGACGCUGGAGCCUCCGUCAAUGUUUCUGUUAUGUUACAGCCUUUUGACUACGACCCCAAUGAAAAGAGUAAACACAAAUUCAUGGUGCAGUCCAUGCUGGCUCCAUACGACAUGACUGACAUGGAAGGAGUUUGGAAGGAGGCAAAGCCUGAAGAGCUGAUGGACUCAAAGUUGAGAUGUGCAUUUGAGAUGCCUCUAGAAAAUGACAAAACUCAUGAGAGUGAAAGCAACAAAACUGUGUCUUCCUCUGCCUCCUCUGUUAAGACUGAGCACUCCGUGCUGCCCAAGUCAGCCAGUGCCUCGCUGGAUGACGGAGAGGUGAAGAAGAUCAUGGAGGAGUGCAAGCGGCUGCAGAUGGAGGUGCAGAGGCUACGGGAAGAAAACAAACAGAUCAGGGAGGAUGACGGGCUGCGGAAGAGAAAGGUGACCUCCAUGGCUGCUUCUCACUCUUCUUCCAUGGCAACCUCGGCCAUGAGGGACGAAGGCCUAAGCACCAGGGUCCUGGCGUUCUGCGUGCUCUUCUUUGUCAUUGGAGUCAUCAUUGGCAAGCUGGCCCUGUAGAGACACAGACAGAUAGAGCACAGUGACGGACGGACGGACGGACGGACGGCGUACUCGGGAGGACAUGUGUCAGUGACGGCAACGGGGAUGUCUUCUAGGUUUAUGUUGAUUUCUCUUUCUUUGUUUCUUUUUCUUUUCUUUUUUUUUCCUUUCUUUUUUUUUAAACAUUUAAGGCAAUAUCGUGAUGGUUUGUCUGGAUGGAAAAUAAUUUAAUGUGUUAAAAGAAAACGAAAGAAGGAGAUCCCAAGUUAAACCAUGAGUGCAAGCGUUUUUGUCACAGGUCUUGCCUUUUUCUUUUUUUUUUCUUCGUGAAAUAAUCACCUCUGAUCUGUUAUUUCCGUCCAUCCCUCCUUCCUAAACGAUCUUCCGCAACUUGCACAGGUAUCAGUUAGUGGUGUGUGGAAGUGGCUUCACACUGGCUGAAUGUCUAAAGUCUUUCAUUGAUUCUUUAUUGAUUCUUAAGUCUUCAAGUUUCCUCACUCACAUUGUCUAUAAGAAAGAUCUAACACUCCUCUUCUGAUAAAUCUCUCUUCCACUUAUUACUGAUAAUCUGCUUGGAGAGGUGAAUGCAAGUGAUCAGUGAAAGACUUUUUAUCUAGAUUCAAACUCUAUGUAUCGUCUUCUAAACAGUAUGUGAUUUUAAAAAAAAAAACAGAAAAAAAAAGUGAGCCAGUAGAAGCCAUGCAUGUGUGCGUGUGUGUGUCUUCUUGACUUUGCCUCCUGCAGGAGGGCUGAUGUGAGUGUGCGUGGAUGUUUUCAUGUGGAGGAGACCACAAACGGUGAAAUCACAGGCUGUUUUAGAGCAAAGGAAGAGGGGUGGUUUGAAAACAAAACUGUCAUCUGAACAGAUAUCCUGUAGGCAACAGAAAACUGGGGGCUUGGAAAAAAAAAAUCUGACAAAAACUUUCUGAUUUGGUCGCUGACCAGACCAAGGAAUCAGUAGAAAUUCAGUAAUUUUCAGUGAAAUUAUAACUGGGUAAUCCAGAUUCAGAUCCAAUCCAGAUGAUAAAGAAUCUAUGCUACAAAAUGAUCUACUUUACAAACAACGCUGUAAUCUAUCAAAAUAUCCCAGUUAACACUUUAAUUUUCUUCCUUUAAUUACUUCCUCAGGUUGAUAAGGCGCUAGGCAAAAAAAAUGACAAAGAAUUCCCCCCUUCAAGCAGUAAACUUGUCAUGCAAAACCAACAUGAACAUUUUAAAUAUAUAACAUACAGUAUGUAACAGUUUUGGCCACUGAUUUAAUUUUGCCCAUGGAGUAUUGUAUUUGCGUCCUCUAGUGUAUUACAGCAGAUGUUUGCUUUAUUUUUUCUUAUAUUAUCAUGUAGCCACGAUGCUUCUGUUGUUUAUAAUAUUCAAAUGCACUAUAUUCAAAUGUCCACUCUGCAGCCUGCAUGAAAUGACCUGGAUUUAUUAUGAUUAUUAUUAUUUUGAGUGUUGAAGUUAUAUUAGCGAAACAAAAGAAUUACUGUCUUUUCAAAAGGGACCAUCUUGAGUCUGGUUUAUCAGUUUGUGUGUGUUUUGUUUCCUUUUUUUCAAUUUUUUUUUUUGUUUCUGGUUGGGCUCUGGUGGUUGUGAGAUAACUGGGACAACACAGCUGUUGUGAUCUCGAAUAUCACAUGACCAUCUAAGCAGGUUGUUUAAAAAAAAAAAAAGAAGAGUAAAUAUCUGUAUUUUUUUUUUUUUGCCCAAGGGAGCUCUGGGAGCAGAGAAGUGGGAAUAUGGGUGGCUGGGAGGAGGACUGACCUGUGAAUACACACUACGUUAAAGGAGAAUUAAAAAAAAAAGGCAUCAGCGCUUCAGACCACACAUGCAAAGAAACAGUCACACAACAAUGUAAUCACACAGUAAUUGGAUACUCUUUUGUAUGUACAUAAAAAUAAAAAGACUGGCAAAGUUAUUAACAUACUGUAGUAAAGGAAGAAAAUAAUUGAACAACCACCAUGGAUCAUGUAGCAUCAUAAGAUUAAAAUACAUAAACCCCC